AUGAAUCGUUUCACAUUUUUUGAUGCUUUACGAAUAUUUGGUGGUAUUUUAUUAUUAAAUUGUUUAUGUUCUUAUUGGUUUACGUCAUCAACUACAUGGAACUAUGAUGGGAAGUAUCUUAAUAUUAAAUAUUUCAUGAAUCUAUUUCAAUCAAGAAUCAAUUUGACUAUGGAAGAAUUAUCAAAAUAUAAUGGUUCAAAUUCAAAAUUACCUAUAUAUUUAGCCAUUAAUGGUUCGGUUUUCGACGUUAGUUCCUCACCUGAAAUAUAUGGACCUGGAAAAUCAUAUAAUAAACUUACUGGAAAAGAUUGCGCAAGAAUCUUUGUAACUGGAUGUUUCAUGAAACCUGACGAGUAUACUUAUGAUUUACGAGGGUUGGAUGAAAAAGAGGUAGAAGCAGAUUUACCAGCAUGGAUAGAGUAUUUCCAACAGCAUAGAAAGUAUUGGUACGUUGGUACUGUUCAGCAUGAUGAUUCAUCAUUACCUAGAUAUCCUCCAUCACCUUGUGAACACCUAAAAUUUCCAGGAAUGAAUGUACAUUGA